AUUUUCGUGUUCUUAUGACAUUAAAUAGACAUAAGUCAUGUCAUUGGUCAAGUGUCAAAAACAUUUCUAUUUCAACGACCUUAAAAGUCUGUAAAGGUCGAUCCUUAGGAUAUACUAAAAACCGUCCCGACUAUCUGGACGGCCCUUAAAAGAAAUUAAUACUAGAAAUGCUGCGAACGAUUUUAGUACGAAACCAAGUUCUAAACGAUAGCCUUAAAAAAGCUAUUCGGAAUAAUGUAGUAAGAUGUUUGAGUACAGAGUUGGCCAGAAGAAAUCAUCCUAAUAAGCUUCUAGAGCUAUCACAAAAAGGUGUCAAUGUAACUCCACAAUGGAACAUUCAGAUAAGGUACUACUCAAGUCUACCGUCACAUACAAAAGUAAACCUUCCCGCAUUGUCUCCUACUAUGGAGAGUGGUUCUAUUGUAAGCUGGGAAAAGAAGGAGGGUGACAAACUGAGUGAAGGUGAUCUACUUUGCGAAAUUGAAACUGACAAGGCAACAAUGGGCUUUGAGACACCUGAGGAAGGCUAUUUAGCUAAGAUUCUAAUACCCACUGGUACUAAAGGAGUACCUGUUGGUAAACUACUCUGUAUCAUUGUUGAAAAUGAGGCUGAUGUCGCAGCAUUUAAAGAUUUUAAGGAUGACUCCACAGGGGAAUCAAAACCAGCACCAGCUAAAAAGGAAGCUGCUGCUGCUCCAUCACCACCACCACCAGCAGCCGCCCCUGCCGCCCCGGCUGCCAUUGCCCCGGCCGCAGCUGCCCCCGCUGCGCCCCGGGCCGCUGCCUCCGCCCCGGCCGCCGACCAGCACAGUAGGAUUUACGCUAGUCCGAUGGCCAGGCGACUGGCUGAACUCAAGAAUCUUAGACUCGGAGGGCAAGGCUCAGGGCUGUACGGGUCGCUAAAGAGCGGGGACCUCUCAGAAGCGGCGCCCCUGGCCGCCCCGGCCGCGCCCGCGCCCGCCCCGGGGGCGACGUACACCGACAUCCCCCUCAGCGGCAUGCGCGAGACGAUUGCCAAGCGCCUGUCCGCCGCUAAGCAGACCAUUCCUCACUACCAGCUGUGUGCCACCGUCAAUGUUGAGAAGUUGCUGGAUAUGAGAAAGGAGGUCAACGCGAGGCUUGCCGCUGAGAAGUCUGAUGUUAAGAUAUCUGUAAAUGAUUUUAUCCUAAAAGCAGUAGCUGCGGCGUGCAAGCGAGUGCCUACUGUUAAUUCACACUGGAUGGAAACGUAUAUUAGACAGUUCUCAAACGUUGACGUCAGUGUAGCAGUCGCGACCCCCACCGGUCUUAUCACCCCGAUCAUAUUCAAUGCUGACUCUCGAGGCAUCAUUGAUAUCUCGACCAAUAUGAAAGAACUCGCAAACAAGGCUAAAGAGGGCCGCCUCCAACCACAUGAGUAUCAGGGUGGCACUGUUACUGUGUCCAACUUGGGCAUGUUUGGAAUCACAAUGUUUAAUGCCAUCAUCAACCCACCACAGUCCCUAAUUUUGGCUUGUGGUGGUCUGCAAGAGCUUGUCAUUCCCGAUAAGAAUGAGGACCAAGGUUUCAGAGUCGCUAAGUUCGUAACAUUCACCGCCUCAGCGGACCAUAGAGUAAUAGACGGAGCGGUGGGAGCCCAAUGGAUGAAAGUCCUAAAAGAAAACAUCGAGAACCCUGCAAACAUCAUCCUGUAAAUUAGUUAAUUAAUAUACUUCCAUGUAGUUUGCUGAUUGGACUUUACGAUUGAAAUAUAUCCUCUCAUCACUGCCCCAUAAAUAGAAUCUUGCCUAGUAAUUAUCAUAGAUAAUUUUGUAAGUGGAAUUUUGGUAUUAUCUUGUAUCUUAGUAUAUAUAAGUAGAGUUGAACGUCACUCAGCAAAUUGCAUUGGAGUUUACUUUGGAGAGAACCAAAAUGGCUGCCAUAUCCUUCGAUUUCAUGUUAUUAUUAUUAUUAUUAUUUAUUUGAGAUAAAAUCAUGUAGCCGUAAGUAUUACAUUUUAUAUAUAUUAUACAUAUAAGUGUAAUAGAGAUUUUAUAUAAGUCAAACCCGAAGGAUAUGCAGUAAAAAUAAAGGGAAUAGUUUU